AGGUCUGUCUGUCUGUGUGUGCCCACUCCUCCUUGGGAGAUGUCCAGUGUUUCCAGUUACGCCCUUCGAAUGGCCCGGCUGAGUGCUCAGAUAUUCGGAGAAGUUGUCAGGCCGACUGACUCAAAAUCUAUGAAAGUAGUGAAGCUAUUCAGCGAGCAGCCUUUGGCCAAGAGGAAGGAGGUCUACAACUGGUAUCCUCCUCACAACACCUACUACGCCCUCAUGAAGAAACUCCGUUACUUUGGUCUCUACAGGGAUGAGCAUCAGGACUUUAAGGAAGAGAUGAGGCGAUUGAAAAAGCUCCGUGGGAAGGAAAAGCCAAAGAAGGGGGAAGGGAAGAGAGCUCUCAAGAAGAAAUAACACCACUUGGACAAUAUAAUGAACUACUCUGAAAAUGC